GCUGCCCGAGCUCGGCUGAGACUCCGGCUCUCAGGGCCGCACCUCUGCCUGCAGCGCCCACCAUGGGGACACCUGCCAGGAGGAAGCCCCACCUGCUGCUGCUGGCCACCGUGGCCCUGGUCUCCUCUCCAGCCUGGACCGCGGCCCCGGGAUCGCCCGCCACCUUUGGGCCCGUCUUCGAAGAGCAGCCCCUUGGCCUGCUGUUCCCUGAGGAGUCCACAGAAGAGCAGGUGAUGCUGGCGUGCCGCGCCCGGGCCAGCCCCCCGGCCACCUACAGGUGGAAGAUGAAUGGUACCGACAUGAAGCUGGCGCCCGGCUCCCGUCACCAGCUGAUGGGGGGCAACCUGGUCAUCAUGAACCCCACCAAGGCCCAGGACGCCGGCGUCUACCAGUGCCUGGCCUCCAACCCAGUGGGCACCGUCGUCAGCAGAGAGGCUGUGCUCCGCUUUGGCUUCCUGCAGGAGUUCUCUAAGGAGGAGCGGGACCCGGUGAAGACCCACGCGGGCUGGGGGGUGAUGUUGCCCUGUAACCCACCUGCCCACUACCCAGGCUUGUCCUACCGCUGGCUCCUCAACGAGUUCCCCAACUUCAUCCCCACGGAUGGGCGUCACUUCGUGUCCCAGACCACCGGGAACCUGUACAUCGCCCGCACCAAUGCCUCAGACCUGGGCAACUACUCCUGCCUGGCCACCAGCCACAUGGACUUCUCCACCAAGAGCGUCUUCAGCAAGUUUGCGCAGCUCAACCUGGCGGCUGAAGACCCCCGGCUCUUUGCGCCCAGCAUCAAGGCCCGGUUCCCUGCAGAGACCUACGCACUGGCAGGGCAGCAGGUCACCCUGGAGUGCUUCGCCUUUGGCAACCCUGUCCCCAGGAUCAAGUGGCGCAAAGUGGAUGGCUCCUUGUCCCCGCAGUGGGCCACCGCUGAGCCCACCCUGCAGAUCCCCAGCGUCAGCUUUGAGGACGAGGGCACCUACGAGUGUGAGGCGGAAAACUCCAAGGGCCGUGAUACUGUCCAGGGACGCAUCAUCGUGCAGGCUCAGCCCGAGUGGCUCAAGGUGAUCUCAGACACGGAGGCCGACAUUGGCUCCAACCUACGUUGGGGCUGUGCGGCUGCCGGCAAGCCCAGGCCCACUGUACGCUGGCUGCGGAACGGGGAGCCCCUGGCCUCCCAGAACCGGGUGGAGGUGUCGGCCGGGGACCUGCGCUUCUCCAGGCUGAGCCUGGAGGACUCGGGCAUGUACCAGUGCGUGGCAGAGAACAAGCACGGCACCAUCUACGCCAGCGCCGAACUGGCCGUGCAAGCGCUGGCCCCUGACUUCCGGCUGAAUCCUGUCAGACGCCUGAUCCCGGCAGCCCGCGGGGGUGAGGUCACUAUCCCCUGCCAGCCCCGGGCGGCCCCCAAGGCUGUGGUGCUGUGGAGCAAAGGCACAGAGAUCCUGGCCAACAGCAGCAGAGUCACCGUGACUCCAGACGGCACCCUCAUCAUCAGAAACAUCAGCCGGUCGGACGAGGGCAAAUACACCUGCUUUGCGGAGAACUUCAUGGGCAAAGCCAACAGCACGGGAAUCCUGUCUGUGCGCGAUGCAACCAAGAUCACCCUAGCCCCCUCGAGUGCUGACAUCAACCUGGGUGACAACCUGACCCUCCAGUGCCACGCCUCCCACGACCCCACUAUGGACCUCACAUUCAUCUGGACCCUGGAUGACUUCCCCAUCGACUUCGAUAAGCCCGGGGGUCACUACCGGAGGGCCAGCGCGAAGGAAACCGUCGGGGACCUGACCAUCCUCAACGCCCAGCUGCGCCAUGGUGGGAAAUACACGUGCAUGGCCCAGACGGUGGUGGACAGCGCAUCCAAGGAGGCCACGGUCCUGGUCCGAGGUCCACCAGGUCCCCCAGGAGGCGUGGUGGUGAGGGACAUUGGCGACACCAGCGUCCAGCUCAGUUGGAGCCGGGGCUUCGACAACCACAGUCCCAUCGCCAAGUACACCCUCCAAGCACGCACUCCGCCUGCAGGGAAGUGGAAGCAGGUUCGGACCAAUCCUGCCAACAUCGAGGGCAAUGCCGAGACCGCCCAGGUGCUGGGCCUCACGCCGUGGAUGGACUACGAGUUCCGGGUCUUAGCCAGCAACAUCCUGGGCACAGGGAAGCCCAGCGGGCCUUCCAGCAGGAUCAGGACCAAGGAAGCAGCCCCCUCAGUGGCACCGUCAGGACUCAGCGGAGGAGGGGGAGCCCCUGGGGAGCUCGUCGUUAACUGGACGCCCAUGUCACGGGAGUACCAGAACGGAGACGGCUUCGGCUACCUGCUGUCCUUCCGCAGGCAGGGCAGCGCCAGCUGGCAGACCGCCCGGGUGUCUGGUGCCGACGCCCAGUACUUUGUCUACAGCAACGAGAGCGUCCAGCCCUACACACCCUUUGAGGUCAAGAUCCGCAGCUACAACCGCCGUGGGGACGGGCCCGAGAGCCUCACCGCGCUGGUGUACUCUGCGGAGGAAGAGCCCAAGGUGGUGCCUACCAAGAUCUGGGCCAAAGGGGUCUCAUCCUCCGAGAUGAAUGUGACCUGGGAACCCGUGCAGCAGGACGUGAAUGGUAUCCUCCUGGGGUACGAGAUCCGAUACUGGAGAGUUGGGGACAAAGAAGCAGCUGCUGACCGAGUGAGGACGGCAGGGCUGGACACUAGUGCCCUGGUCACUGGCCUGCAUCCCAACACCAAGUACCAUGUGACCGUGCGGGCUUACAACAGGGCUGGCACUGGGCCUGCCAGCCCUUCUGCCAAUGCCACCACCAUGAAGCCCCCUCCACAGCGCCCUCCUGGCAACAUCUCCUGGACCUUCUCCAGCUCCAGUCUUAGCAUUAAGUGGGACCCUGUGGUCCCCUUCCGAAACGAGUCUGCCGUCACUGGCUACAAGAUGCUGUACCAGAAUGACCUGCACCCGGCGCCCACACUCCACCUCACCAGCAAGAACUGGAUAGAGAUCCCGGUGCCCGAGGGCAUCGGCCACUCCCUGGUACAGAUUCGGACCACAGGGCCUGGAGGGGACGGGGUCCCGGCUGAAGUCCACAUUGUGAAGAAUGGAGGCACAAGCAUGAUGGUGGAGAACGCGGCUGCGCACCCAGCCCCACAGCCCAGCACCCUCCUCUCCCGCUCCGUGGUGAUGCUGAUGCUCUUCCACUGCCUGGAGCUCUGACCUCGGCGCCCACCUCUGAAGGACUCAGCCGCCGGCCCAGGCUCCUUCCCGGUGCCAAGGUGGCCCAACACUGUGCCCGAGAGCGGUUGGCUUUUGAUCCCUACUUCAAACAGUGCCCUUCUUGUAGCAGGUGGGGUAUUUCAUAUUCUGCCACAGGACAGAACCCACCCAGACUGUUUUCUUGAAAUCAUGAGGCACUGGGCCUCCCAAGAUGAUACUGAACCCCCUGCCCGGGCCUUGGAGGCGGUCUGGCUGGACAAACGGGCAUCUUCAGAUUCACAGAGCUGGCACCCUGAGGCCAGAGCCCCACGCCCAGCGGAACAGUGGACACUGAGGGCUGAAGAGGGACAAUGGGUAACAGCCGACACCGGGCGCUCUCCUGCAUCUUCUUGGCAUGCACGGCUGGACCUCCACCACCCUCCAUGACUCCCUGGAGGCCCCCGCCUGCGCGGGCAGCAGGGAACCGGUGCCUGAUGCCCGGGGCUGGAGCCUGUGCCCCUUCAGUAUCACGGUGGGAGCUGCAAGGAUCUAGAAGCUGACACCUGAUGCAAAGGGGCGCCGCCUUGGCUGGAGGCAGGGGUCAGGAGCCAAGUGACGCUGCCCUCCCAGUCAACACUGCCAACCCGCCCCGUCACCCCCAGAGUGACAGGGCCACUGCAGGUGAUGAAAGGGCUUAACCCCCACCAAGACCCACCCUGCACAGCCCCUGCAGGGUUUGGGCAGAAGACAGGGAUCGUGGCCCACCCUCUGCCUCCAGCUCUGCUGCCAGACCUGGGCUUCUCCCACCUGCAGGCCCCGCCAUCUUGUGCCUGUGAGGCAGUGCAGCAUUAACUCUGUCCUAGAGUCGGAGGCGAGGGGUCAGCGUGGCCCUGCGUGUUCCCAGGAAUGCCCCGGAUCACCUGGCAAGAUCUGCCCCAGACUGGCCCGCUCUUGCGCAUUUCUCCGGAAGAAAAAGGGUUAAUAAAGGGGACCUCUCUGCUGAGCUCUGGGUACAUAACCAGUCACAGACAUCAGAGCUAGAAGAGGUCUUAGCUGAUUCGCACGGGCACCUCACUCCAGAUGAGGAAAGGGCAGCGCUGAGGGGUUGGGGACGUCUGCCAUCAGCCUGGAGGUGAGCGGGCUGGGAAAGAGCGCCAGAGGAACUCCUGCCUUCGGUUCAGAGUGUCCAGAGCAAGGAGGCAGUGCUGCACGUCCAAGACCUGAGGAAGAAGGCGGUGAUGGUCAGUAGCGGGAGCAAACUCUGCUUCAAGAGGUUCAGGCUGGCGGUCACCAGGCCUGGCAUGGAUGGGGCCAGCCCAGGACAUGGCAUGUUCCAAGAGCCAUCAAGCCCUUCUUGCCUUGCGAGCCCAGCUUCUGCUGUGACCUCCAGGUGGCUUGAACCUUCUUUUGCCCUCACUGUUGCUCCAAGAAGAGAGGCCAAAGCACGGACAGGUCCCCCGAAUCCCGCAGCAGUGGCAGCAUGACCCAGAGCCCAGAGCCUGUGCUCCGACAGGUGGCCUUUCACACGAGGGAGCGGCGGGUCAGCCGUGGCCUGCACGCCCCCUGAGCCUGUUCUCUGUAGUUUACAGUUAGAGUUCUAUUUUGUUAUGGUUUUUUAAACUUUGAAGUCCUGCUCUUUUCCUGGGCAGGUUUAUGUUUUCCCACGACGAUUUUCUUAAACUGGAAGCUCCCACACCUUCUCCCUGCCACCACCAGCCCCCUUCCCUGGAGCUGUCACACACGUUCCUAAUCCCUGGCGAGGGUGCUAGGGGCUCAGCUAUGGGGCCUUGAACUCGGCCUGGCGUCCCUCCUGGUCCUACAGAAAGGGGACCCAUGUGCAGAAAGGCACCUGGCUCCACGGUAGGGAGGUGGGGGAUGAGGCCGUUUCACAAAGGACUGAACCAGACAAGUUAGAGGCUGCUGCCCUAAGCUUGCCUGAAAAACAUACUUGUGAUUGAGACUCUGAACUCUAACAAGGUCCACUGGGGAGGGGAGAAGGCAGCC